GGGAGGGGCCGCCAAAGAAAUCCGAACCCAAGCGGGCCCUGCAAUCCAGUCCCCCGCUCUCACCCCUGCAGAGGGGACCCAGAGGUUGGGAUCAGGGUCCCUCUGGGUCACAGCCCCUCCUUCCGCUCAGGGCCAGGCAGUGUCCCCUACACCCGCACUGCGGGGGAGAGGGACGAGGGGCCGCUGGCCCGCACUGGGCAAAACCGGGGCGGGGACUCGGGGACCUCAGCGCGCCGCAGGGCGCGCAGACGCCGGCAGGGAGGCCACUAGUGGCCCGGGUGCGACCUUCCCGAGGCGGAUCGCCAGGGUCUUCCCUGGAUCGCCGGCGCUGCCCAUGGCCGAGGUGCCCGUGGCCGAGGUGCCCAUGGCCGAGGUGCCAGAGCCAGAGCCCGAGCCCGAGACUGCGGCGGCCCAAGCGGUGGAGAUGCCGGACUGGAAGGUCCCCGAGGAUGCAGGCGCCGAGCCCGGGAGCUAUGAGACCCGACACUACGGACCGGCCAAGUGGGUCAGCACCUGCGUGGAGUCCAUGGACUGGGACUCCGCCAUCCAGACCGGGUUCGCCAGGCUCAACAGCUACGUUGAAGGCAAAAACGAGAAAGAGAUGAAAAUAAAGACGACGGCCCCAGUGGUGAGCUACGUGGAGCCGGGGUCAGGCCCUUUCAGUGCGUCUACUGUUACCAUUUCCCUGGGCCUGCCUGAUGAGCAGCAACCUGAUCCGCCCAGGCCCCUGGAGUCCGAUGUCUUCAUUGAAGACAGAGCCGAGAUGACCGUGUUUGUACGGUCUUUCAAUGGAUUUUCCAGUGCCCAAAAGAAUCAAGAACAACUUUUGACGUUAGCAAGCAUUUUGAGGGAAGAAGGAAAAGUUUUCGAUGAAAAGGUGUACUACACUGCAGGCUACAACAGCCCUUUCAAUUUGCUUGAUAGAAAUAAUGAAGUGUGGUUGAUUCAGAAAAAUGAGCCAUCCCAAGAAAAUGAAUGAGAAAAUGAAGCAAAGUAGCAUCCCUAGGGGCUAACCUGUUUAAUACAAACAGCAGCACACCUAUAAGUAAAACGUAGGCCUAGAAUCUUCUCCCCGAGAGUGCUAAUAUGAAUGGAGCUUAUUUCCAAUGUGCCUUUUUAAUGCUUGAAGCUGUAUUGAGAUACACAGAUAAGAGGGGACCAUCUUUUGUAAACAUGUACGUUGGUCAUGACCUUGGUGGUCUUUGGUUCUAUGAGGCUCCAGGGGAAUGUCAAGUUACUGCCCCUUUUUCCUUGUAUCACAAUCAUGUUGCCUUUUUCUACUUGGGUUUGUGUCAGUUGGGCAUUGUCCCCUCCGGAUGUUAUCAAUAAAACACUAGAGGUUUCCCCGUGUGGAACUGCUAGGCUGUCGGGCCUGGAGGGGUGGGGCCAAAUGCCUUUAGCAGCCACAGUUACAGCCUGUCGAGUCCUCUUCCCCAUCUGCCUGCUGCCCCCACAAAAAGAGCUCUCACGGUACCCAAAAGUGUCAAUAAUAUUUUUUGACAAAGAAUAAAUUUAUAUAAGUAGGAAAUUCCCAUCCUAUUUUGAUAUUCAGUAAAGGUGUGUUUUCCCUGAACAUGUAUAAAAUAUAAAAAUACAUACAUUUUUAUAUUUUAAAAAUGUAUAAAUAAGUGAAUUUUUAAGUAAUUUCAUGUGGUAUUUCUGGAGGUUGUAUAAAAAUGACUGACUAAUAAAAGAGCA